GCGGUGGGCGUGAUCCGGGCACUUAGGGCAGGAUGAACGCUGCUUUUCAAGAUGGCGACGGAGGGAGGAGGGAAGGAGAUGAACGAGAUUAAGACCCAAUUCACCACCCGGGAAGGUCUGUACAAGCUGCUGCCGCACUCGGAGUACAGCCGGCCCAACCGGGUGCCCUUCAACUCGCAGGGAUCCAACCCUGUCCGCGUCUCCUUCGUAAACCUCAACGACCAGUCUGGCAACGGCGACCGCCUCUGCUUCAAUGUGGGCCGGGAGCUCUACUUCUAUAUCUACAAGGGGGUCCGCAAGGCUGCUGACUUGAGUAAACCAAUAGAUAAAAGGAUAUACAAAGGAACACAGCCUACUUGUCAUGACUUCAACCACCUAACAGCCACAGCAGAAAGUGUCUCUCUCCUAGUGGGCUUUUCCGCAGGCCAAGUCCAGCUUAUAGACCCAAUCAAAAAAGAAACUAGCAAACUAUUUAAUGAGGAAAACUCUUGUCAGCACUUGUGGAAGGUGGAUUGGAAUGAAGAAAGAGAGAAUGAAGGUAGCAAGACCAGUGAGGAGGCCCUAGUAACUGUCCAGAGACUAAUAGACAAGUCGCGAGCAACCUGUGUCAAAUGGGUUCCUGGGUCGGAGAGCCUUUUCCUAGCAGCCCAUUCGAGCGGGAGCAUGUACUUGUAUAAUGUGGAGCACGCUUGUGGCACCACAGCCCCCCACUACCAGCUUCUGAAGCAGGGAGAGAGCUUUGCCGUGCACACUUGCAAGAGCAAAUCCACGAGGAACCCUCUCCUCAAGUGGACGGUGGGCGAGGGGGCCCUCAACGAGUUUGCUUUCUCCCCAGAUGGCAAGUUCUUGGCGUGCGUGAGCCAGGACGGCUUCUUGCGGGUGUUCAGCUUUGACUCGGUGGAGGUGCACGGCACCAUGAAAAGCUACUUUGGAGGCUUGCUGUGCGUGUGCUGGAGCCCGGACGGCAAGUACAUCGUGACGGGCGGAGAGGACGACCUUGUGACCGUCUGGUCCUUUGGAGACUGCCGCGUGAUCGCGCGGGGCCACGGGCACAGAUCCUGGGUCAGCGUGGUGGCGUUUGACCCCUACACCACCAGCGUGGAAGAGAGCGACCCUAUGGAGUUCAGUGGCAGCGACGAGGACUUCCAGGACCUUCUCCACUUCGGGAGAGACCGGGCAAACAGUACCCAGUCCCGGCUGUCCAAGCGGAACUCGACCGAGAGCCGCCCCGUCAGUGUCACGUAUCGGUUCGGCUCCGUGGGCCAGGACACGCAGCUCUGCUUAUGGGACCUCACGGAGGACAUCCUUUUCCCCCACCAGCCCCUCUCCAGAGCAAGGACGCACACGAACGUCAUGAACGCCACGAGUCCUCCUGCCGGAAGCACCGGCAACAGCGUCACGACCCCCGGCAACUCGGCGCCCCCGCCCCUGCCGCGGUCCAACAGCCUCCCUCAUUCCGCCGUCUCCAGCACCGGCAGCAAGGGCAGCAUCGCGGACGGGGCCAUCGCUUCCGGGGUCAGCAAGUUCGCGACUCUGUCACUGCACGACCGGAAGGACAGGCACCACGAGAAAGAUCACAAGCGGAACCAUAGCAUGGGACACAUCUCCAGCAAGAGCAGCGACAAGCUGAACCUAGUCACUAAGACCAAGACGGACCCAGCUAAAACUCUGGGGACGCCCCUGUGUCCUCGGAUGGAAGACGUUCCCUUGUUAGAGCCGCUCAUCUGUAAAAAGAUAGCGCAUGAAAGACUGACUGUAUUAAUUUUUCUUGAAGACUGUAUAGUCACUGCUUGUCAGGAGGGAUUUAUUUGCACAUGGGGAAGGCCUGGUAAAGUGGUAAGUUUUAAUCCUUAAUGCUGCACCAGAUCUAGAACUUGAAUAGGUAGUGAUUUUUUUUCUUGCGGGAGGGGCGGGGUGUACAAUGAAUGUGAAUGACACUUCUUAUUCUUAAUGUAAAUCUAAAUGCAUCAGAGCCAUAAUUUUGGAUACUGCAUGCCAUGUAAUUCUGAAUCAUUUGAUAAUUCACCUUAGAACGUUUAAAAAAUAUAAUCAAACUAAUUGCCAGCCAAGUCAGUCACCCUCCUGGGAGUAUAUAGAGUCCCAAGGUUAGCGUUCCUGUGUUAGACUCUCUCGAUCUUAGGAAAAUCAUGACAGUGCGGGGAACAAUGACUUUAAAAUGCUAAGAUUAACAUUUCUGCUUUAACUGGAAUAUUCUUGCUUAACGACUCAAUUAGAAUAUUGUACACUGAUCAGAGUGUGUGUUCAAUACGAACGGCCAUUAAUUGUCAUUUAUAGUCCAACUUUUUAUCUGAAUCAUAAAAUGUUUAGGAAUCUACGGGAUUUAACUUUAGGAACAAAGCGUUCAGCAGGGUUGAUUGAUAUUAUUUUUACAUUGUUCUGGCAAUCCACAGAAAGAGAAGAGCCUUAAUUUUUAAAACCCAUUUUAGUCAUUUUAUGACAAUUAAAAUUGUUUAAUAAACAUCUUUUUUCAAAGAA